AGCCGCUCUGGCUCGAGCAUCCGCUGCCCCUGGGCCGCGGGCCCGUGCCCUUCGCCAUGCAGCGGGGCGAGGGCGGCGACGCCCCCGGGGCGCCCGGCGGCAUGGGCCCCGAAGCGCCCCAGGAGCAGAGCCUCAUGGAGGCGCCGAGCCUUCUGGAGGCGUCGGCGUCCCAGGAGCUGUCCCUGGACGCGCCCCUGCUGCAGGAGCACUCCGGCAGCAUCGGCUCGGGCGGGACGUCCGUGCUGAUGAGCGCCGAGCUGAGGCGCUUCUCGGACUUCUACGGGGCCGCCGCCCAGAUGGCGCCGUCGACGUCGGAGAUGUCGGCGCCGCAGGUGCUGGUGGAGGCGCCCCGCGAGGGCCCCCAGCAGGCGCCGCGCGAGCGCCCCCAGCCCUCGGCGGGCCCGGCCAGCUCGCCCGCGGCGGCGGGCCCGGUGCUGGUGGAGGCGCCCCGCGAGGGCCCCCAGCAGGCGCCGCGCGAGCGCCCCCAGCCCUCGGCGGGCCCGGCCAGCUCGCCCGCGGCGGCGGGCCCGGCGCCGUCGCUGGGGCGCCGCCGCGAGGCCGCCGCGGAGGCGGCGCGCGCCUCCGCGGGCGCCGCACCGCUCGGGAGGUCGGUAGAGGCCAGCCCUUCCUUCCCGGGCGACGCCGCCGAGACCCUCGCCGAGCUGCGGGCGGAGUGCGCCAUGCUGAGGCAGCGCGUGGAGCUGCUCGAGGCGGAGAACGGCGACCUCGCCGCGGCGGCGCGGGGCUGGAAGAAGUGGUACGCCAAGAACUACGUGCCGCUGGUGGAGUUCCUGGACGGCAAGCUCAGCCACCUGUGCGGGGGGCUCCUCGCGGGCUCGGCGAGCACGCUGCGGUCGCACAGCCCGCCGCCCGGCAGGCCGCCGAAAGUGCACCCGCCGCCCUGGUCCGGCGGCGGCCCGGCCAGGGCUUCGGGAGGAGCCAGCCAGCCGGGCGGUGGCCGCAGCCCGCUGGCCGCGGGGGCCCGACAGCCGCCGCACCACGACGCUCUGGGCAGGAGCACGUCGUUGGGCGGCAGCCGGAGCUGCACCGCGCUGCCGCACCUCGGCGCCACACGCUGAGGGAGCCGGCUCGGCAACGGCUAUCUAGGUCUCGGCCUCGUGAGGGGCUUCUGCUGGCGGCACGGUUCCCUGCCGGGCCGCGGUGUUUCACGGGCGCCUCGUGAUCAGCCGCAUUGUUUCCAGCGCUCGGUCUUCUCACCGUUUGGCUGCGGCAGGCUACCCCUACCCAGCACACUAAUGCCAGUGGGAGGGUUGGCACGAGUCCGCCCUGGUCGUAUCACCAAUUUCCUGCGCGCGGCUCGGCGCCCAGCUCCGCUCGGACCUUUCCGCGGACCCCUCGCCUGAGCGUGCGCGCGCGCCCUUGCUCAGACACUGCCUUCCUUGUGGACAGCAGCGCUGCGUCGUGAUCAA